AUGCUCUUCGACGGAAGCACUCCCCACACCCGGUCCGGCUUCCCACUCCUUCUGCGUAGAAUGCACACCGCCCCAUCACUCAGCAGAACCCCCGUCCGCCACCGUGCCGUCCACGCUGCCCCCGACGCUGGCAUUGCAGGAACCACCACGCAUCAUCCCUCUGGCAAUGACAGACGCUAUGACUGUACACUCCUGAUUGCCGCCCCACCCCGAACUCCAAUAGGCAGCUCGUUCGCAGCUCCGGGCCCCCACCCCAGCUGCAUUUCUGGACGGCUGGCUCAGGGGAAGGUCGCUCUAGGCGCGCGACCAGAGUCGUGUGAGGCACCGGGCGAGAGCACAUACGGAUUUACAGGCUGGCCAAUGUCGCGCCCUGGCGCUUCACCGAUUCUCAUCGCGGGCUCUGCGCAGCCGUCGUGCCGAACUCUCCGAGACCGUCGAAAGGAGUUAACGAGUGAAGGUGCUUGCCAAUCGGCCAUUACUGACGCAGGACACAAAUCGAUGGGCGGCGCCCGCCUCCGCGCGCCCCACACUCAGGGCCCCCAUACACAAAUCGCCUUCUGGAGGUGGAGGGCGGGGCUGGGCGGGGGUCCCAAACGUCGGCCGCCCAACACCGCAGGCCUGGGUCGCAUACAGUCUUUGUCAGCAGUCGCAAGCUCCGUCGUCGACGAUCGAGAGUCUUCGCCGUUGUGUUUGCCGAGCGCCGGAGCAGCGGAAGUCGUCCUAGCGCGCGCAUGA